GUGGGGCCUGGGCAGGCUGCCGCAGUGCGCCUGCGCGCGGCCUACCCGCGAAGGGACGGAAUGGCGCAUGUGGGCGUGUCUCCAGGGACUCUAGAGGCUCCAAGCCCUCUGCAGCUCCGGUAGGUUUGGCGUGCGCGGGUUUCCGCGGAUCUGGAGCGAGCCUGCACGUUACAACACCAAUGCGUAGUUUCUUGCUUGUUUAAAUUGCCACCACGUAGGCUUCUACUGCAGAAAUUGCCUUAGACUCUUCAGAGCCGCAGGCAACGGGACGAUCUUGGUGACUGAUUUGCACACCCCCAUCAGAUCUUCGUGCCCGAGUUGGACGCAGACGUGGGUUGUAGGAGAUUUCAUUUUACCCAGCUUUGCAGCUACACUGUGGCCCCGUUAGCUUCUAGAUUGGAAGCCCCAGGGGCUAAAAUUCAGAAAAGCAAUUACUCUUUUACCUCAUGAGGCUUCCAGAGGAGCAAGAAUAGCGGCAUGAUUCCACCUGCACCCCUAUAGAGAUUUAUCCCUCCGUCUUUCCUUCACAGUUGUGGCGUUUUAACGUUCUUGUGUUGCUUAAGCCCCAAAAUGAGUGACCGAUAUCUAGAACAAAGGAUUAGCAUCAAAUUUUGCGUGAAACUGAACAAGUCUGCAAGUGAGACUCACCAUCUUUUAAAAGAAGCUUACGGGAAUGAAGUCAUGUCAAGGGCCAGAGUUUUCGACUGGCACAAAAGGUUUAAAGAAGGACGCGAAGACAUUCGAGAUGAUGCCAGAAGUGGUCGUCCUGUCACCCACCGGACGGAUGAAAAUAUCAAGAAAGUCAAGGACUUGGUCUGUUCGAAUAGGCAGUUAACCGUGAGGAUGAUGGCCGAAGAGUUAAAUUUAGAUAAAGAAACUGUUAGGCUCAUUCUGAAAGAAAACUUGAAUAUGAGGAAAGUAUCUGCAAAAGUUAUAUCGGGUAUUUUGAAGGAUGAGCCUAAACCCCGAAAACUUCACUUUUGCUCUGAUCUUUCAAAGGAAACUAGGAAAAACAGCUCAUGUGUGAGGAGAAAGAUAGUUAUUUGUGUUUUCUGGGUCUGCACGGUCGAUAAAUUUUCAACGAGCAGUGAUUCUGUUCCUCAUCUUUCAUUGCUUUAUGGGACUUCAGGGAAUGAAAGCAUAACAUCCUGCUUUCCCAUAAGUUCUCUGGCCACUACCCUGGCACCAAUUAAAGACAUGUCCAUGCAAUUAAUCAAAACCAAUUUGGAAGCACUCUGGCACUGCUCCUCUGAUGUGCUGUCUGCUCCACAUACAGUAGUUCCUCAGCCGCAGUGA